AUGAACGCUGAUACCCUUCCUUUAAUCAACCUUGAACUCUUUCUAAAUGAUAGAGAUGAUCCAUUGGUAAUUAUAGAAUGUAAAAAGACUGCGAACACUUUAAUAAAUUAUGGUACUUUAUUAGUAAAGGAUCCACGGGUAACAGAAGAAGACAAUUCUCGAUUUUUAGAUUUAAUGGAAGAUUAUUUUGCGCAACCUUUUGAGACUAAGCUUAAAGAUGUUCGUUCGGGAGUUGACUAUCAGAUGGGAGUAACACCUGAAUUAAAGGAAGAACCAAGGUGUCAUCGCGAUCCUAAUUGUCAAGAUAUAAUUGCACAAAUUCCUGAGGAUAGUCGACUCCUUCCUAUCUUGGGGCCUGAUGUGAAAUGGGAUUUGCUUGGAAUAUUGGGGAAUGAUUUAAAUAGAUACAGAAAACUUAACACAGUUCUUGCGGGUUUUCAUUAUGAUUUAGGUUUUAUGACGAUUCAUGUAAAGAUACCAGUUCGAAUUCCAGAUGGAUGCCUAUUAGUGCAAGCUGGCAAACAGCUCGAGUGGCUAAUGGGUGGUGAAAUAAAAGCAGGUUACCAUGAGGUGGUAGUGACAGAAUCCACACUUAAAGCUAUUGAAGAUGCAAAGAAAAUUCGACCAGAAAGACCUUUAUGGAAGGUAUCUUUGACUUUCUUUUUUCAUAUUUUGAACGAAAAUCUGCUAAGUCCAUUAAAAUCGUUUAUACCUAACGCGCUUUAUCCACCGGUCCUCACUGGUAAUCAAGUGAAUCAUGAAUUGGGGCAGAUUAAUUUAAUGGAAUC